GCGGGAGGUGGGGAGGGCGGAGCCCAGGAGGCGGAGGCGGGAGCAGACCAGGACUGCCGCACCGAGCCGCCGGGCCGCCCGAGACCAGUCCCCUCACCUGCUGCCCUUCCCGCCCCGCCCGCCUUCCCGGUUGCCGCCCCCACACCGGGAGAGGCGCCAGUUCGGCGCCGCCGCUUGGCGAGCCGCUCCCGCGAGCCCGCGGAUGCUGCUGCUAGGGGUGGUGGGCGCAUCCGCGGGUCGCGUGGCCGGGAGCGGGGGUGACGGCCUGGGAUUCCGGGGGCCUCUCUUCUUGUCGUCCUCUCCUCUCUCUUCCCAGUGUGGCCGUGGCUGACACUAAAGACUUUGUAGCCAUCAACCCAAGUGCAGUUUCGAUGGAAGAUGAAGGUUGCACGUUUUCAAAAAAUUCCUAAUGCUGAAAAUGAGACAAUGAUUCCUGUAUUGACAUCAAAAAAAGCAAGUGAAUUACCAGUCAGUGAAGUUGCAAGCAUUCUCCAAGCUGAUCUUCAGAAUGGUCUAAACAAAUGUGAAGUAAGUCAUCGGAGAGCCUUCCAUGGCUGGAAUGAGUUUGAUAUCAGUGAAGAUGAGCCACUAUGGAAGAAGUAUAUUUCUCAGUUUAAAAAUCCCCUUAUUAUGCUGCUUCUGGCUUCUGCAGUCAUCAGUGUUUUAAUGCAUCAGUUUGAUGAUGCUGUCAGUAUCACUGUGGCAAUACUUAUCGUCGUUACGGUCGCCUUUGUUCAGGAAUAUCGUUCAGAAAAAUCUCUUGAAGAACUGAGUAAACUUAUGCCACCAGAAUGCCAUUGUGUGCGUGAAGGAAAAUUGGAACAUACACUUGCACGAGACUUGGUUCCAGGUGAUACAGUUUGCCUUUCUGUUGGGGACAGAGUUCCUGCUGACUUGCGCUUAUUUGAGGCUGUGGAUCUUUCCAUUGAUGAGUCCAGCUUGACAGGAGAGACAACACCUUGUUCUAAGGUGACAGCUCCUCAGCCGGCUGCCACUAAUGGAGAUCUUGCAUCAAGAAGUAACAUUGCCUUCAUGGGAACACUGGUCAGAUGUGGCAAAGCAAAGGGUAUUGUCAUUGGAACAGGAGAAAAUUCUGAAUUUGGAGAGGUUUUUAAAAUGAUGCAAGCAGAGGAAGCACCAAAAACCCCUCUGCAGAAGAGCAUGGACCUCUUAGGAAAACAACUUUCCUUUUACUCCUUUGGUAUAAUAGGUAUCAUCAUGUUGGUUGGCUGGUUACUAGGAAAAGAUAUCCUGGAAAUGUUUACUAUUAGUGUAAGUUUGGCUGUAGCAGCAAUUCCUGAAGGUCUUCCCAUUGUGGUCACAGUGACUCUAGCCCUUGGUGUUAUGAGAAUGGUGAAGAAAAGGGCCAUUGUGAAAAAACUACCUAUUGUUGAAACUCUGGGUUGCUGUAAUGUGAUUUGUUCAGAUAAAACUGGAACCCUGACAAAGAAUGAAAUGACUGUUACCCACGUAUUUACUUCGGAUGGCCUGCGUGCUGAGGUUACUGGAGUUGGCUACAAUCCAUUUGGGGAAGUGAUUGUUGAUGGUGAUGUUGUUCAUGGAUUCUAUAACCCAUCUGUUAGCAGAAUUGUCGAGGCGGGCUGUGUGUGCAAUGAUGCUGUAAUUAGAAACAACACUCUAAUGGGGAAACCAACAGAAGGAGCCUUAAUUGCUCUUGCAAUGAAGAUGGGUCUUGAUGGACUUCAACAGGAUUAUAUCAGAAAAGCUGAAUACCCUUUUAGCUCUGAGCAGAAGUGGAUGGCUGUUAAGUGUGUGCACCGAACACAACAGGACAGACCAGAGAUUUGUUUUAUGAAGGGUGCUUAUGAACAGGUGAUUAAGUAUUGUACUACAUAUCACAGCAAAGGGCAGACCUUGACACUCACCCAGCAGCAGAGAGAUCUAUACCAACAAGAGAAGGCCCAGAUGGGCUCUGCAGGGCUCAGAGUUCUUGCUUUGGCUUCUGGUCCUGAAUUGGGACAACUGAUGUUCCUUGGCCUGGUGGGAAUCAUUGAUCCUCCUAGAACUGGUGUGAAAGAAGCUGUUACAACACUCAUUGCCUCUGGAGUGUCAAUAAAAAUGAUUACUGGAGACUCACAGGAGACUGCAAUUGCAAUCGCUAGUCGUCUGGGAUUAUAUUCCAAAACCUCCCAGUCAGUCUCAGGAGAAGAAAUAGAUGCAAUGGAUGUCCAGCAGCUUUCACAGAUGGUGCCAAAGGUUGCAGUAUUUUACAGAGCUAGUCCAAGGCACAAGAUGAAAAUUAUUAAGUCUCUGCAGAAGAACGGGUCGGUUGUGGCCAUGACAGGAGAUGGAGUAAAUGAUGCAGUCGCUCUGAAGGCUGCAGACAUUGGAGUUGCAAUGGGUCAGACUGGCACAGAUGUUUGCAAAGAGGCAGCAGACAUGAUCCUGGUGGAUGAUGAUUUCCAAACUAUCAUGUCUGCAAUUGAGGAGGGUAAAGGGAUUUAUAAUAACAUUAAAAAUUUUGUUAGAUUCCAGCUGAGCACGAGUAUAGCAGCAUUAACUUUAAUCUCACUGGCUACAUUAAUGAACUUUCCCAAUCCUCUCAAUGCCAUGCAGAUUUUGUGGAUCAAUAUUAUUAUGGACGGACCUCCAGCUCAGAGCCUUGGAGUAGAACCAGUGGAUAAAGAUGUCAUUCGUAAACCUCCACGCAACUGGAAGGACAGCAUUUUGACCAAAAACCUGAUACUUAAAAUACUUGUUUCCUCAAUAAUCAUUGUUUGUGGGACUUUGUUUGUCUUCUGGCGGGAGCUGAGAGACAAUGUGAUAACACCUCGGGAUACAACAAUGACCUUCACAUGCUUUGUGUUUUUUGACAUGUUCAAUGCACUAAGUUCCAGAUCCCAGACCAAAUCUGUGUUUGAGAUUGGACUCUGCAGUAAUAAGAUGUUUUGCUACGCAGUUCUUGGAUCCAUCAUGGGACAGUUAUUAGUUAUUUACUUUCCUCCACUUCAGAAAGUUUUUCAGACCGAGAGCCUAAGUAUACUGGAUUUGCUGUUUCUUCUGGGUCUUACCUCGUCAGUGUGCAUAGUGGCAGAAAUUAUCAAGAAGGUUGAAAGGAGCAGGGAGAAGAUCCAGAAGCCUGUUAGCUCGACAUCGUCGUCUUUUCUUGAAGUAUGAUGCAUAUUGCAUUCUUUUAUUUGCAAACUAGGAAUUGCAGUCUGAGGAUCAUUUAGAAGGGCAAGUUCAAGAGAGGAUAAUGAAGAUUUGAGAACUUCUGAGCUUUUUUUUUUUUUUUUUUUUUUUUUUUUU